AUGUCCGGUGACGACAAGUCUCUUCUCGAGCGCAUUGAGCUCCCCUCCAUUCCCGAGGAGGCUCGGAGCAAGAUCGGCCAUGUUCAGGAGGCUCUUGAGCGUGCUGAGCUGGAGCAGAUGCGCCAGGCCGUCGCUCUCUUUGCCCCCGCCUACAAGCAGCGCGAGGAGCUCAUCUCUUUGCCCAGCGUCAAGCCCGACUUCUGGGCCCGCGUCUUCGACGGCGCCCCCGCCGAGGUUGCCGAGUAUAUACUGGAGGAUGAUGCUGCCAUCAUUGGUGAGGGCCUCAAGGGCUUGAACGUCGAGCGCUUUGAGGUCGACGCUCAGGGCAAGGGCGAGCCCCGCAGCUUGCGCUUCACCUUCGAGUUCGACCCCAAGGAGAACCCCUACUUCGACAACGCCAAGCUCGUCAAGGAGUUCUACUGGCGCAAGCAGGUCAUCAAGACCUCCAGCGGCAAGCGCCGUGUCUGGGAGGGUCUUGUCUCUGACCCCGUCCGCAUCAACUGGAAGGAUGCUGAGCUUGACCCUACCAAGGGUCUGCUCAACGCUGCCUGUGACCUGUUCGAUGCCGAGAAGAAGGGCGGUGACCGCAAGUCGCUGCCCGAGUACGAGGCUCUCGUCAAGAAGCUCGAGCUUCUCGAGAUUGAGGGUAUGAAGGAGGAUGUCGAUAUGGAUGACGAAGAGGCUGAGCUGCCCGAGGAUGAGGAUGAGAGCCCCGCUGGCGUCAGCUUCUUCUCUUUCUUCGGUUACCGUGGCCGUGCCAUCACUGCCGAGCAGAACAAGGAGGCUGUUAAGGAAGAUGAGGAGCGCUGGGCCAAGAUCUCCAACGGCGAGGAGGUGCCCGAGGAUGACGAGGACGAUGAGGAUGACGAUGAUGAGGAUUUCGAGCUUCUCGUCGAUGACCUCGAGGACGCCGAGAUCUUCACCGAUGGUGAGGACCUCGCCAUUGCCCUUGCCGAGGAUCUCUGGACCAACGCCUUGAAGUAUUACGCUCAAUCGUUCGAGGCUAGCUUCGACUUCGAGGGCAUGGACAUGGAGGAGCUCAUGGGGCCGGAUGAUGAUGAAGAUGAAGAUGAUGAGGGCGAUGACCAGCCCCCCGCCAAGAAGGCUCGCAACUAA